AAGCAUCAGCAUUCCCGGUGUGGGUGAACGAUAAUUAUGAGGUGCCCUUCUCUCGCACGGUUGCCGUACCGUGCCGUUUCCGGCUUGCCUAGAUCUGCCGUUCGUCUCCAGUCUCAGCACUUCCUUACCAGAAAAUGCGCGUCGACGGCGGUUCUCCGUUCACCCACUGUUGCCCCGGCUUAUCAGUCUGUUCUGAACGGACGCCUCCAACAACGGAGGAAUGCCUCCACCACUGCGGCUGCCGUACUUGAGGCUGCAGCUUCCACCCCCGACACCUUGUCCCAGGAGGCAAUAAUUGAAAACCUUGACCCUGUCGAAGCGCAACGGUUAUCGAGAGUCCGGAACAUUGGUAUUGCUGCGCACAUCGACAGCGGCAAGACUACAUGUACCGAACGUGUCCUUUUCUACACAGGCCGUAUAAAGGCGAUUCACGAGGUCCGUGGUGGCGACAAGGUUGGAGCUAAAAUGGACUCCAUGGACUUGGAGCGUGAAAAGGGUAUCACCAUUCAGUCCGCUGCCACAUUCUGUGAUUGGGUGAAGAAGGAUGAAGAUGGCCAAGAGAACAAGUAUCAUUUCAAUUUGAUUGACACACCUGGACAUAUUGACUUCACCAUCGAAGUAGAAAGAGCGCUGCGCGUUCUUGAUGGAGCUGUCAUGAUCUUGUGUGCUGUCUCAGGUGUCCAGUCCCAGACCAUUACCGUUGACCGACAGAUGAGGCGCUACAACGUCCCCAGGAUUUCCUUUGUCAACAAGAUGGACCGUAUGGGAGCCAAUCCGUUCAAGGCUGUCGACCAGAUCAACAAUAAGCUCAAGAUCCCCGCCGCUGCAGUGCAGGUGCCCAUCGGUGCUGAGGACGAAUUCGAGGGUGUGGUGGACCUCAUCCGCAUGAAGGCAGUUUACAACAAGGGACCUAGCGGUGAAGAGCUCUUCGAGACGGAUGAGAUUCCUGAGAAAGUCAAAAGCGUUGCGGAGGAAAGACGGAGAAAACUCAUUGAGACUCUUGCCGAUGUGGACGAUGAGAUCGCCGAACUCUUUAUUCUCGAAGAAGAGCCUACACAGCAACAGUUGAAGGCAGCCAUUCGCCGUGCAACUAUUGGUCUGAAGUUUACCCCAGUCUUCAUGGGCUCUGCAUUGGCGAAUAAGUCUGUGCAACCUAUGCUAGAUGGUGUUGUUGACUACCUCCCCAAUCCAGCCGAAGUGCAAAAUCUUGCCCUUGACAAGAAGCGUGAUGAGGCCUCAGUGAAGCUUGUCCCAUACCAGUCGCUCCCCAUGGUUGGUCUUGCUUUCAAGCUGGAAGAAAGCAACUUCGGCCAGCUGACAUACAUUCGUGUGUACCAAGGAACCCUCCGCAAGGGUGCCAAUGUGUUUAAUGCACGUAACGACAAGAAAGUUAAGAUUCCCCGCAUUGUUCGUAUGCAUUCCAAUGAGAUGGAGGAAGUUACAGAGGUCGGUGCUGGUGAAAUCUGUGCCGUCUUCGGCGUUGAUUGCGCCUCUGGUGAUACUUUCACCGAUGGACAGCUUGGCUAUACUAUGUCUUCUAUGUUCGUUCCUGAGCCUGUUAUCUCUCUUUCGAUCAAGCCCAAGAACAACAAGGAUUCUGCCAAGUUCUCAAAGGCCAUGGCCCGUUUCCAGAGAGAAGAUCCCACUUUCCGGGUAACCUACGAUGUCGAGAGUGAACAGACUCUUAUCUCUGGAAUGGGUGAACUGCACCUUGACAUUUACAUAGAGCGCAUGCGUCGUGAAUAUAGUGUCGAUUGUGAGACUGGCCCUCCGCAGGUCGCAUAUCGCGAGACCAUCGGCAACCGGGUCGAGUUUGACCAUCUCCUGAAGAAGCAAUCGGGAGGUCCUGGAGACUACGCCCGUGUGGUUGGCUGGAUGGAGCCAACUGGCAAGCUCGAUGACAACGUCUUUGAAGAACAGAUCGUCGGUGGCAGUAUCUCCGAGAAGUUCCUUUUCGCUUGUGAAAAGGGUUUCCACCUUGCUUGCGACAAGGGGCCUCUUAUCGGCCACAAGGUUUUGGGUACUAAGAUGGUUAUCAACGAUGGUGCCACCCACAUGACUGAUUCCUCGGAAAUGUCCUUCAAGAAUGCCACUCAACAGGCCUUCCGUAAGGCAUUUAACGAGAGCAACCCAUCUGUUCUUGAGCCUAUGAUGAAGACUGUUGUCACUGCUCCUGCUGAGUUCCAGGGUGAUGUUAUUGCGCUCCUGAACAAGCGCAAUGCCACUAUCAACGACUCCGAAGUCGGUGUUGAUGAGUUCACUGUGUAUGCUGACUGCAGUCUGAACGGCAUGUUUGGUUUCAGCAGCAACCUGCGUGCGGCCACCCAGGGUAAAGGUGAAUACACCAUGGAAUUCAGCCACUACGAGAAGUGUCCUCCUCAGGUUCAGAAGGAACUCGUUCAGAAGUACCUCAAGGCGCAGGCCGACCGUCACAAGAAAUAAACUCUAAUGACUAGAUUUUAGAGUUUUUGACAUGUUUUACUACUGGAGUUGUUUUUGAGCGUCUCCUUGUGCCAUAUCCCUCAACCGGUUUACGUUCAUCAAUGAGUGCUUGAUAGAGGAACGGUUUUUUUUCCACCUUUUCGACAAUUUGAGUCAUGUAUUAUAUACAUUUUAGACCCUGUGGGCUUUACGAAGAUAUUAUAUUUAAAAAUCAAUUUGGAGCGGGAUUAAACCAACGUGUUCGUUAUCUAUUGUGCUUUGGAUGGGUUUUCGGAUUGUACAUAUAUCUAUUUAGGUCUUUUCAUCUCCUCUCAUAUACAUCCUGAACGUAAGAAAUGAAUC